GAAACCAGGCUAGGCUUACCUUCUUUGACCGACUUCCUUUUAUAAAAUAUAUUUUAAUUUUAAUAUAUUCUUAUAAUGUUUUCUGGAUGUGUAAAUGAAGAACACACAUAUAUAUAUAUACACACCUAUAUAACAUACCCUUUAUUUAUAGCAGUUUACCUUGUUCACAAUUCCAAAGGCAAUUCAAAGUCUAUCUUUGAAUGCAUCAAACUCGUGCCUUUGAACCGCGAAAGAAAACAUAGAAAAUAGAAUAAAACACCAAAAGUUGAACCUCUAUUCACUUCACAACCAACUAGUGCCCGACUUUAUUUUCUACGAGAGAAUUCAACGACUUCCCUUUUUCCAUUUUUAACACGUAUCGAAAGUUUUCUCCGAAAGGACAUAUUUUGUUACCUUAGGAGAGGUGUAUAUAUAAGUAAGACGAACCAGGUGGACUAAUCAUCCUGUACUUUGAUUGGUUUUGAAUCCUUUUAAAGCCAAUACCCUAUACCUUAUUUGAAAGACAAAGCAACAAAUUGAAGCUGAAAGAUACCCUUUAAAACUGAAUCCUCUUGGCGGGUCUGAUUAGUCUACAUAUGGGGCUAUCCCUCUCCAUACUGGUUUCAGCCUGGAAAGAAAUUGUAGAACGUAGUCACUCUGGUAUUUUACACAACAUAAGCUGUUUCUCUCCCAAAGCUGUUGCUUUCACAUAUAGAACACAGAGCUUUAAGAAAAGAGAAUCAGAAACCAUGACCGUCGUCCCAAAUGGUUCUAAUAAGACCAGCAGUGACAGGUCCAGUCGUUUGCAGCAUUACAAGCCGGAGAAAGUCAUUCUCGAGACUAAUCUUUCAUUCAAAAGUAGUCUUGUUCAAGACCCAAUAGAGAGUUUGACUUUUAAUGGCAAAAACCAAAUAAAACACAAACCAAUCCCCGCACUUACUUUGCCUGAGCCGGCUAUUAUGUUCUCACCUAGACCGGUCAGCGAGCUUGAUGCAGCUGCUGUUAAGCUCCAAAAAGUAUACAAAAGUUACCGAACUCGAAGAAACCUUGCCGAUUGCGCCGUUGUCGUUGAGGAGCUUUGGUGGAAAGCAUUAGACUUUGCAUCUCUGAAGCGAAGUUCUGUGUCAUUUUUUAAUGUUGAGAAGCAGGAAACUGUUGCCCAACGAUGGGCAAGGGCUAGGACCAGAGCAGCAAAGGUGGGAAAAGGUCUGUCCAAAGAUGAAAAGGCACAAAAGUUGGCCCUACAACAUUGGCUUGAAGCUAUUGAUCCACGCCACCGGUACGGACACAAUUUGCACGUGUAUUAUGACCUCUGGUUUGAAAGUGAGAGUACUCAACCAUUCUUCUAUUGGCUGGAUAUUGGAGAUGGCAAAGAGAUAAACCUCGAGAAAAUCCCAAGAACUGUUCUCCACCGCCAAUGCAUCACAUAUCUUGGACCUAAAGAAAGAGAAGGAUACGAAGUAAUAGUGGAAUAUGGGAAACUUGUAUAUAGGCAAAGUGGGAGCCCAGUGAACACAGUUGAGGGUUCCAAAUGGAUUUUUGUGCUCAGCACAACAAGGUCUCUCUAUGUUGGUCAGAAGAAAAAAGGCACAUUUCAACACUCGAGUUUCCUAUCCGGAGGUGCCACCACUGCCGCUGGAAGAUUAGUAGCCCAUGAUGGUGUUCUUGAGGCUAUUUGGCCAUACAGUGGUCACUAUCAUCCAACAGAGGAGAACUUCAAAGAAUUCAUUAGCUUCCUUGAGGAGAAUCAUGUGGAUCUCUCAAAUGUCAAGAGGUGUGCCAUUGAUGACGACUAUUAUUCAUCCACUGGCUCCAACGUGUUAACAAUAUCAGGUCCAACAUCUCCUAAGCAAUCAGACGGUGUUAAGACAGCUGAUGUGGCUGAUGUUGCGAAGGAGAAUACCAUCACAGCCGUUAAACAUGAAGAGAAAAAGAAGGUCGAGGGUGGUAAAGCUAAGCCACCAUUGUUUGACUUGGGCCAGCGUCUUUCUUGUAAAUGGAGUACUGGAACAGGGCCCAGAAUUGGGUGCGUCCGGGACUACCCAACUGAGCUACAAUCAAGAGCCCUCGAACAAGUCAACCUAUCACCUCGAGUGGCUCCUGGACAAUGUUUCAGUUACGGCCCAAUUCCUUCUCCAAGGCCCAGCCCAAAGAUUCGUCUGUCUCCCAGGCUUGCAUAUAUGGGCCUCCCCAGUCCAAGAAACCCAGUUGUUGCCUCUAACUAAGCCCAUAUUGACCCAAGGGCUUGUUCGUCAUUAUAUGGCUCAUUAAUCACUCUGCUCAACCUUCUUCGUCAUAAUAAAUGGUCAAAAAAUGGAAGGGAGGAGCUAACUUUUUUUUUUCUUCUACCCUUUUGAUUCUUGUUUACAAUAUUCCACCAGCCUCUUUUUUACUCAAUUGUACGAGAGUCUCUCUCAUUUUUUUCACACCCAUUUUUUUGGGGUAGUGUUUAUUAAUUUAUUUAUUUAUUUAUUUUGUAAUCUGAAAAGUUAACGUGACAUUUAUAAAUAAUGAAUUGACUUCAAAUAGUUAAUUGAAGUUAAGUUUAUGAGGGUAA